CUCGGGAUCCAUAUCUCCCUGUCUCAUGAGAAAGAGCCUCUGGGAACAGCGGGGCCGCUGGCUUUGGCUCGAGAGCUGCUGAACAUCGACAACGAGCCGUUCUUCGUCCUCAACUCGGACGUCAUCUGUGAUUUUCCCUUCAAAGACCUGCUGCAGUUCCACCGCAACCACGGCAAGGAGGGAACCAUCGUGGUAACACGGGUGGAGGAGCCCUCUAAGUACGGCGUGGUGGUGUUUGAGACCGACAGCGGCAGGAUACAUCGCUUCGUUGAGAAACCGCAGGUCUUUGUGUCCAAUAAGAUCAACGCCGGCAUUUACAUCUUCAAUCCCAGCAUGCUCAGCAGGAUCCAGCUGAGACCGACAUCCAUAGAGAAAGAGAUAUUUCCCGUCAUGGCAGAAGAGGGACAGCUGUACGCAAUGGAGCUACAGGGUUUCUGGAUGGACAUCGGUCAGCCUAAAGACUUCCUGACAGGGAUGUGUAUGUACCUUCAGUCGGUACGACAACACGCUCCUGAGAGGCUACACACGGGGCCCGGUUUCCUAGGCAACGUUCUGGUGGACCCGACAGCGCAGAUCGGGGAGAACUGCACCAUCGGCCCGAAUGUCACCAUCGGUGCCGGCGUGGUUGUGGAGGACGGGGUGAGGAUAAAACGCUGCACGGUGAUGAAGGGAGCGCGGGUUCGGUCGCACUCCUGGCUGGAGAGCUGCAUCGUGGGGUGGAGCUCCUCUGUUGGCCAGUGGGUUCGUAUGGAGAAUGUGACGGUGUUGGGGGAGGACGUGAUCGUAAACGACGAGCUUUACCUGAACGGCGCCAACGUCCUGCCUCACAAGUCCAUCAACGAGUCGGUCCCAGAGCCACGUAUCAUCAUGUAGCACCGGGUGGAGGAGAGAAAAAAAGCCCAGCGCCUUUUAUACGAACUCGCCUGAACACCCAAACUGUGCCAGAAAGAGAGGGAACGAAAGGAAGCGUGGAGGGAAAGAGGAACAACAGAAGGAUUUUCUUUCUUUCUCUUUUUAUUAAUUAAUUUGGACUCGUUUUUUAGCCCUGCUUGGCUGCACCGUCCAUCAAUCAGAUCUAUCAAACAGCAGCCUGGCCCGUCAGGAAGGUUUAAACUUCUGUCAGAGCUGCAGGAAAAAACAUCCAACGCUAAUAUGGCGGAUGGUAAUAGUCACUGCUUUAAUAGAGAGCGCAGAGGGAGGGGGUUGAUAUACCUGGGCUGGUUGUCUGUCAGAUGGUGGAGGGACUAAUGUGAAGUGUAUUUUGGGGGGAAGUGGGGUUAGAGUUGAUAUGAACACUGCUGUUUAGACUCACUAUGCAUUUACAUUGCCUGGACAGCCACACAGUAUCAGUGAACAGACACUGACGGAUCAUACUACAUCAUGUUUGCUGUAGCAGAGACUGGAAUCAUGACUGAUAACGCUGAGAUUUAUGAUCUCACUUAUUAAACAAAAUGCAGUAUUGGUUAUAGUAUAAAUCUGGAUUAGUAGGUGAGUUUUUGGCCUCUUGUAGGCAGCAGAACACACACAUUAACACAUUAUCACCUUUAUAGCGCUGUUAUUAGCAAAGAGUUGCUUGUUUACACAUCAGAGGAUGUCAUCCAGUUGGAGUCAUGUUUGUGACCACCUGAUGAAUGUAAUUUCACCCAUUUUUAUAUCAGAAUAUUGAUUAGCGGAGCUUUAAUCGGUAGGUGUCGAGUGUCUCCUUGCCUUGGUAAACUUCUGUUCUGUUUUUCUGUUGUUUAAUUUUAUCAUGAAAGCUUCAAUGCCAAACUGGUUUCUGUAAAGAUUUAACAAAAUUUAGCUUUUUAUAACAAACUGCAGUUUAUUUAGUCAGUUUACAGAUAUUUGAGUCAAACUGAAUCUGGGAUGUUUUACUUUAGAGUAAUGACUUGUUUCAACAUGUCUUUCAUUCAUGGUUAUGUGUUUCUUAAAGAGUACCUGAACAACCUGUGAAUAUCUGUGUGAUGUACAGGUGUACUCCAGUACACUCUGACAUCACUGUUGGGCGUAGUGAAACAUGCUUUAAUCUUUUAACCAACAGUGAAGAACUCUUUAAAGACAGUUUGAAGAAAAAAGAUGAAUUCAUUAGUCUGAUUCAUUCUGAUCUGAUUGUCCAAGAGAAACUUUGAUAAACCUGAAUAUUCAACUUGAUGAAUCCAGGAAACGAGUGGGUUUCUCUCCCGUGGGGCUAAGAUGUAAAGGGUUGGUGCUAGAGUUAAGGUCAUCUUCUCUAAAUCUUCUGUACGGUGGCAAUUUUAGCUCGGCUCUACAUUGUCAGGAUCAGCUCAGCUUUCAUCAGUCUAAGCUAUAUUCUGUCAUCUCAGCUCAUCAGUUACAUACAGUGAGCAUAUGAACACAAAUAUUGGAUGUUAACAUAUUAAUGUUAUCAUGUAACAUUUAGCAUGUUAGCAUGCCUUUUUAGUAUUGAUCUCAAGCUGAGGCUGUUGGGAGGACAGUUUUACUUUUCAAAGUAUCUGGUUGUGAACUAAACUGUUGUGAAAACUUUGAUUCGAGGAUCACCAGUCUUUGGUGUUCGUCCUUUGGGGAUCACAAACUUCUGAACUAAACUUCAGGGCAACGCUUCCGAUAGCUGCUGAGAGAUUUCACUCUUCGUGUUUACUUAAACAUUGUGAAUUAGAUUUAUUAAUGAACAAAAAGAGAAGAGCCUGUUGAAGACAGAUUUAACUCCUCCUACUCAAAUGAAGAGGAACAAUAAGCCCCACCUCUCAAUCUGUGUGAUUUUAACGUUCAACAGGGAUGACUUUAAAUCAAUACACGCCUGGUAUUGUAAAAUAAAUAAACCCCGACAGCUGGAAGUUUCUGGAGCUCCUCGCCAUGUUUUUGUACUGAGGCGUCUUCUGCAUUUGACUCGUUACUGACCAUGAACACACACAGCAGGUGACGUCUGUCUGAUCUCUGACCAGAAUGCACUGGUUCCACGUUGUUAUGCAGUUAGUGAUAAACAGUAUUUCGAACACUGAACGUGUAAAGACUUUAACUAUGUCUGAAUGAAUGAAGUCGAUUCUUGUAAUGAAGUCUUUUUUUAAAGAGAAUAAUAUAAUCUACUGACCACA